UUGUGCAAUACGCUCAAUUCCAUGGGCGGUUGCACAAAGACAGUUCAGCAGUGGCAAAAGGUAUGGUUUGAUAGAAAACAUCUGGCCAAAAAAGCCGCUGCUGAUUCCCGGAGGUCGGCUUCAAUGACUGGAGGUGGUCCAUCGGUGGCACCCCAACUCUCCCAUUCGGAGUUAAAAGUCUUAUCCAUAAUGGGAGAUGGGUUCGGUGACCGCCAAAUUGGAGCCAGAGUGCCAGCUUUCACUGAAACGAAUGAAUCCAGACCAUCAACCUACAGUCAAGGAAGCCAACUGCAGCAGCAGAGCCUGGACUUGCAUGUAGAAGUUGAGGAGUACGCCGACCCAAGCAAAGAAAGCCAGCAGGUCUACUCUAAUUCAACGAAAAACGAAAUUUCGAUCGAAAUUGAUACACAAGAAGCAGAUUGUACCAGUAUGAAGAUGGACGUGCAGAUAGAGAGACAGUGA